UCCACUGGGCUCAGUUUUCUCUUAAAGACAUACACUCUGCUCCUGCUUUAGAUUUCUGCACUUUUGCUACAUCCAGGAUGACCGAACAGUGGAUGAUGAAGAUGGUGGGUCAGGCUUUGGAGGAGCUGCUCGUGGAAACUUAUCACCAGAACUGCCUUAGAAUCGGUGUAAUUGAGUCCUACAAAUACAUGGAAGCAAACCCACACAGAGUCGUCCUGUGCGUCCUUGCCAGCGAAAAAGAAACAGAGGGUGACAUUAUGUUACAGAUGGAUCUAAUCCAGCUAAAGGAUAUGUGCUACAAGAAGAACGUCAGCAUCAUGUGUUCGACAGACAUGAGACGGCUGGCAGAGCUGGUGAACGUGGAUGACAUCAGCGGCAACGAGGCCUCGCGGGACCUGCACUGCAUUCUGGUCACUAUCCCUCCAGUGAAGCCGCUUCCACGCCAGGCCCUGCAGAUCCUCAGCAGCUUCUGCGAAGAAAGCCGCCGGAGGGACUCGUCGGUGCAUUGCCUUUGUUCUUAUCGCUACCCAAGCCGCAGUUGUUGUUGUUGUUGUCGUUGCUGUAAAUAA